ACGGGCUACACGAGGAAGAUCUGUUGAAUAAAGUUUUCUUUUGGUAUGUACGGCAUUAGUCUGUACGCAUUGCAUUCUACCUAGUGUCGCUACGUUUUCCACUAUGCCUUUGCCGAUUUGCGUUACUCCGACUGCAGUGACGCCGACUCACUGCACUAUGUUGGUACUGUGAUUUAUCCGACUUUGUUGUUGCUUAUCUGUUCAUACAACCUUGUGAAGCAGGGAGAAGCUGUCAAAAUUACGAGUACAUGGACGCAGUUAGAGAGAGCACGCAGAUUUAUCAGAAUACUUUAGACUUCAGAUGACACCUGCGUGAUACAACCAUUAUACCGUAGCGGUUGGGAUCAGAUAGUGGUUGUUUUCUGGACUCACUCAAUACUGCCAGGACACACAGUCAUAUGCAGUUGUUUGUCGUCUGACCGGUUUAACCAAAAUCAAAUAAUUACUCUACUACUCGUGUUCAGCAGCUGUACUUACAUUGACCUAAGCUCCCAGCAUCUUAUUGUCCGUUCAACCAUAUUUAUGUUAAUUGGGUAACUUCGGCAGCAGUAUUUUUGUUGCGAGUGAAACUGCGACCACCGCAAUGUUCAGCACGAAUGUUCUACGACUGAUGUUCAGUGCUCUGCUUAUUGCGCAUUGCCUAUUACAUUUGAAACAGAUUAACUGCGCAGAAUUACCAUCAGAAUGGCGACAUCGAAUUCACCCAUCGGUCAGCGAAUCGGAAGAAGCACUGACCAGAGCCGAUAUUAUCUGGGAAGAUGCAGCCACACCGGGAUACCCGAUGUUGGCCGCAGAGGAACCGGGAAGCGGUCACAUUGUGUCGGGUAGCAAUUACUGGCCUAACAGCGGACAGUGCAUUCCAUAUCGUCUACACCCGGCAUUCGACGAAGAAACCAAGCAGCGUAUCCGUAACGCCAUGAACACCAUCGAGCGACGCACAGAUCACUGCUUGUCUUUCAAGAUCCAAACGGAGGAAACCGAAUACAUAUCUAUCGUUCCCGCUGGGCGAGGGUGCAUGUCGCACGUCGGGAUAAUACCUGGACGAACAACGGAAAUCCGACUGGGAAGCGGCUGUAUGAAAGACGGAAUUAUUCUGCACGAACUUCUGCAUGCGCUCGGCUUCUACCACGAACAGAACCGACCUGACCGUGAUGAAUUCGUCCAAGUAUUCACCGAAAACAUUCAGCCCAACAUGUACGAGCUGAACUACGGUAUCUUGCCACAUAUGCCCACCCACGGUCUCCAGUACGACUACGAAUCCAUUCUGCACUAUGCAGCGUGGGAUUUCGCCAAGAGCCGCGACAAACCGGCCAUCAUUCCCAAGAUUCGUUCGCCUGUGAGAAUGGGUCAGCGCAAAUGGCUGAGCGCGCUGGAUGUCACGAAACUACAGAAGGCUUACGGGUGCAUCGACGACAACUUUGAAAGAGUGGAGCGCAGGCCGCAAUUGCACUGCGACGAGAGCAGCACCACUGGAAAGCCAAACUACCAGACAGCAAUUGGUACUGACAAGGCAAAUACUGGCUCGACAACUGCGGCGACAACCGCUGCAACAUCGGAGAAGAGUCCAGCCACGAUUCGUUUCUCAGACCUAAUGUGGACGGUCAUGGAAAUGUCCGAAGCCGGUGUGAACAAUGUCCAAGUCAUCGACGAUCAACUCCACCUCCGUUUGACCAAGCGUAACAAUUUUUUCCAUUGCGCCGGUGUUCGCUCGGUCGAUACGUUCGGUUUCGGCCGUUACCAGUUUCACAUUGAAAGCCGUCUGGAUCAACUACAUCCUCACGUAGUUUUCGCUCUUUACAGUCAAAUGGACCCUCAUCCGCGUAUCGGUAUUCAGUUUUCGCGGUGGGGUAACGCCGAUGCUCCGAUCGCUAGUUACGGGGUCGCCAGUCGGCGUCUGCCAUCGCCCUUUUCAAGCGGUGCAGAUAAGCAGCACGCUUUCUCGUUUUUCCUUGUUGGGACGUACACAACCCAUACAUACGAAUGGAAGCCGGGAAACGUGACGUUUUCUUCCCAGCACGAUCAUCAGAGUAGCAACCGGGAUUUGUUGUUUAAAUUAUGGAGUCAUGCCGGCACUGCGCAAAGUAUUCCACAGAAAGCACUUCCCGUAACGAUAAGUUUAUGUGUUUAUAAAGAUUACGAAGCGGAUCAUAUAGAAGAAAUUGUGGUGCAUUCGUUCCGGUUUUUUCCUGAACUUCGCAGGUACGUUGUGCAAAGUGGGGACACCAUAGCCAGAAUUGCUGCACAGAUGGGGAAGAACUGACAGCAGCUCGUCGUUGAUAAUAAUAUUGAAAAUCCUGACGUGAUCUAUCCUGGACAGAUUUUGAUCGUAUAGUUAGAUCCCAUUCGUUGGUCUUCGAAAUUACUGUUGAAAUAUUAUUUUGUUCCGAAAACUGUAGAGGUUGCAACUGGUUGUUGGUUAAACCUACAUUCGAGUUUUGUUCGUGAACAUUUAAAUACAUAUGGUUAAAAAAGAAAAUAAAGCUGUUGCGAAAAAAUAUCAAAGUUAAAUUGUAGUAAAUAGAAUUUUCUCAAUGCG